GCCGUGUUCAGCUAAUGUUUCUUGGAAGAAGGAAGGGUAAAAAGGGAAUUAGGCAUUCGAGUAGAGGAGGGCAUAUUUAUCCCCUAUCUUCGCCUGUCAAACCGAGAGAGCUCUCUUUCUCUUGCCUGCGUACUGCCGCGGCGGCUUUUGCUUCUACUCGUUUCAUAUUCUGCCUUGCAUAUUUUAUUACCAAAACAAAGAUGGAUAGGGAGAGGCUCAUGAAAAUGGCUGGUGCCGUUCGUACUGGUGGAAAAGGAAGCAUGAGAAGAAAAAAGAAGGCUAUUCACAGAGCAACGACCACUGAUGAUAAAAGGCUUCAGAGUACGUUGAAGAGGAUUGGUGUGAACACUAUCCCAGCUAUUGAAGAAGUUAACAUUUUCAAGGAUGAUGCAGUCAUCCAGUUUCUUAAUCCCAAAGUUCAAGCUUCUAUUGCUGCCAACACUUGGGUUGUUAGUGGUUCUCCUCAAACGAAAAAAUUGCAAGAUAUUCUCCCAGGGAUCAUCAACCAACUAGGGCCAGAUAACUUGGACAACCUAAGGAAGCUUGCGGAGCAGUUUCAGAAGCAGCAACCACCUGCUGGUGCACAAGCAACACAAGAAGAAGACGAUGAUGAAGUCCCAGAGCUUGUUGCUGGUGAAACAUUUGAAACUGCUGCAGAAGAUGGUCAUACUCAUACUUCUUAGACUGGUUGUAUGAAUGGUUUCCUAUAUCAAUUUUAAUACUUUGCUGGGCAUUUCUUUCCCCUUAUGGCCUUCUGCUCUUGUGAUAGUCACUUUUCUUGAUAUGUGUUGUUGAAUCUAGUGAAAGAAUUGUAGCUUGUAUGAGACCUAUUAUAUCAUUUGAAUGGCAGUUUUUAUCGAGUCA